UGGCUGCUGGUGGCGAAGAUGGCGGAUGGAGACAGUGGGAGCGAGCGCGGUGGCAGUAGCGGUGGUGGAGGUGGUGGCGGAGGUGGAGGGGGAGGCGGCAGCGGGUUUCAGCACUUUCAGAGGGAGCAGGAGACCCAGGAGCUGGCGUCAAAGCGCCUUGACAUCCAGAACAAGCGAUUUUACUUGGAUGUAAAACAAAACGCGAAGGGCAGGUUCAUCAAGAUCGCCGAGGUCGGCGCCGGGGGCUCCAAAAGUCGUCUGACCCUUUCUAUGUCAGUAGCGGCGGAGUUUCGUGACUACCUUGGGGACUUUAUUGAGCACUACGCCCAACUUGGGCCCAGUAGCCCCGAGCAGAUCGCUCAGUCCUCCGGUGGUGAGGACGGCGGGCCUAGACGGGCCUUGAAGAGUGAGUUCUUGGUCAGAGAAAACCGAAAAUACUACCUCGAUCUGAAGGAGAACCAGAGGGGGAGGUUUCUCAGGAUCCGGCAGACCGUCAACCGUGGGCCUGGGUUCGGAGUGGGAGGAGGCCCCGGUGGCGGCAUGCAGUCCGGUCAGACCAUCGCCCUUCCCGCUCAGGGCUUGAUAGAAUUUCGAGACGCCCUAGCCAAGCUGAUAGAUGACUACGGAGGGGAUGACGAGGAACUGGCCGGUGGCGGAGGAGCCGGGGGCUACGGCGAGCUUCCGGAGGGCACGUCCAUCAUGGUGGACUCCAAGAGGUUCUUCUUUGACGUGGGGUCCAACAAAUACGGGGUGUUCCUCAGAGUCAGUGAGGUAAAGCCCAGCUACAGAAACUCAAUUACUGUCCCCUUCAAAGCGUGGAGCAAGUUUGGGGGGGCGUUCUCUCGCUACGCAGAGGAGAUGAAAGAGAUCCAGGAGAGACAGAGGGAUAAAAUGUACGAAAGAAGAGAAGAAUCCGAGGGCGACGACGUGGAUGACGACUGAUCUAGCUUGGUAGCUGGGUAGCUAGCUAGCUAGUUGCAAUGCUGAAAGGUUCACUACAACGUGAGCAAAACGCAAAAUAUGAGAGAAUAUUACGUGCAUGACGAAUCGAACAUUAAAUACUAAUAUCGUGGAGUAAAUAAAGUACAUUUGACUGAGAAAUAUUGUCGUAUAAAAAGAAUUUUGUUUUUAAAAAGUUUAGGUGGAUAGCUAGCUAACUAGCUAGCUAAAAAUAGCUAGCUAGUAAGUAAAGAGAUUUCCCAUUGUUAAAAUGUUUUUUACUGUCAAUUCUAAAUCUCCCCAUGUAAACCAGCAACUCAGUUUUCACAAUAAUCACAACACAGCAGCGUAUUAAAUCAGAUUCUUUUGAAAAUAGCUAGCUAUAUUUAUAAAAAUUACCUGGACCGGAAAUAUUAGCUAAUAUUAUAAAGAUUUGAAAGUAUAUAAAGUUAUGUGCAUACGUGUUAUAUUUAACAGAAUGAGAGUUAAAAAAUUUUUAAACCAACAUCCAGUGUAUUACUGUCUGCCAACGGCUAGCAGCUGCUAAAUAGCCGGUGUAGGUGUCCAAAGUAAUUCGUGAGAAAAGUUAGGGAGGAACAGUCGCAUCGGGCUGGAGGCAAAACAGUGGUGCACGGUACGUGAAGCGAACAGAAUAGGACUAAACCUAAUGAUUUGAAAUAGGCUAAUAACGCUACUUAAUACUAACUGUGUAGCGACGGCACGCCUCUAAGCGCAAUGAAAAACUGGAAUGUGAGAUUGGGGGGGGGGGGGGGGGUCUCCACCGGAAAAGGUCCACCAGAAUUGUUACAUGGUAGCUCAACAAAUACUUAAAUUACACUCAUGUGUCAUCCAAGUUUGUGGAUGUGGUUAGGAGAUGGUGCUAUUCUGUUACAUUUAGCAAGCUGUCCAGGUUAAAUUUUCACCAGUGGCAAGUCUGAUUAAACCUUUCGUCAUAUCCGUUUAAAUAUAAAACGUAAACGAAUAUCAUAGCUUCAAAAUACUCUAUGGAGUGCGGAGGAUUUAACAAAGCUCCAGUCUUACAUAUGAGCAAGCGAAAGGAGUCACUUAAGAAGCCGGUAAGAGAAGAACCAGCACGCCGGGUCCUGAAGCAGCCCAUGUGGUCCGAAAGUGCUGCCGGAACACGGAUAAUUUACCACUUCCUUCUGGAGUUUUAUAAGGACUUACGACCGGAACUUUUUAUGUUCUUAAAGAGUCACCUUUUAACUCUUCAGUUCACUCUAAGUACAUUUGGACCUGCAGAGGCAAGCACCAGUGAUUCUUUUAUCUCCAAGAUCGGUCGGACUGAUUCAUUGAGUACAUGGAACAAUUCAAGUUCGAUCACAGUUGUACUUUGGACAGAAAUGCAUGGAUGGAUGGUUAAAGAUUCAGAAAAGAGUAUACUUUAAAAGAAAAUAACUUUGAACAAACCAGCAUAGAAUUAUUUUUAAAUACCUAAAAGAAAAAUAUAUAUGAAUUACAGAAUUAUGAAUUCUUGCAGAACAUGCUUAUUUGAUCUAGGCAUGCAGAUAAUUUGUCCAGGAGGGUUUUUUCCGUUAUCCUUCAGCUUUCUUUUAUUCUGAGAAUGAAUGGAAGAGUUUAGCGCCUCUAUAGUUAAAGAAUUUAACUGUAUACUUUGAACUGUUUACUUAAGACGUUAUUAGAGCCUUUUUAUCUCGUCCACUUACCCUAGAUAUCUAAGCCAAUUUUCCAAAUUAUAUAUUGAACAGUUUUUUUCCCCCCUCCCCAUUCUAAAGUGUGUAGCUUGAUAAGUUCAAGCUACAUGUUAAUUUAGCACAAAAGAUAACUUGAGGGAAUCCAAUGUGACAUUGGGUCCUUUUUUAAAAGUAUUUUAAAAUUGCGCAUGCCUGUUCCGGUUCGGAGCUGCCUUGUGUUAAUUUAUUGCUUAUUCUGGUUACUGUAUGUUGGUAUUAAUCAACCAUAGACCUUUUUAGGUUUUUUUUUCUUUUUAUUUUUGUGAAGAAACUAUAUAUUGAAAUCAAAACGGAAAAGCAACAAAGAGUUUACAGGGCAACAUAGAACUCUCGUGGCAUACAUAACUAUUUCCCAUUACAAACUGAGGUGACUCUUCAGAACAACAUACAACAGUACCUCAUCGAUAUCAAAAUUUAAAGAAAUAUAGUAAAGCAAUGAUUUUCUGACAGGUUAGAGUGUGUGUUUAGUGUUAAUUUCUUUGCCACGUGUUGUUGCACUUUAAAAAAAAAAGAAAAGAAAAAAAAAUCUCACUGUUGACAUUUAGCUUGAUGUGAACCUUUCCUUUACAUUUUAAUUUAAUUUUACUCUCCUCCACAGCAAAGAAUUUGUCGUACAACCGUAUGGGAGCAAUAGUUUUUAUUUUUUAUUAUUGUUUUUACUAUAUAUAUGAGUUUUAACAACAUCCUUAUUCCUGUACUGUGUUAGGUGAAAUGGCAGCUGUUUCAGUCGUGUGUUCUGCUGUAAAACUCUAUCAAGUUUCUUUCAGUAAUAAAUAAAUAAAUUCUUUGCUGAGGAAAACGGA